UUCAGGUGUCCAUUGAAUAUUUAAAAAACAUUAAUAACUAAUAUACAACAAAUACUUUAUGUUUAUGUUGUAUAAUAUAUUAUAUAUGUAUAUUUAUAUAUAUUAAUAAUCUACAUAAUAUAUAUCAUUUAAAUAUUUGUAUAUUUCAUUAAUUGUUUAAUUAUAAUUUAAUCUAGAAAUCUCCAUAUCCUAAAUCGGUCCUCUUCAUCAUUGGCAAUGAGCUGUGUGAAAGGUUUUCAUACUUUGGCAUGCGAGGUCAGAGUUUUUUAUAAUAGCAAUAAUAGCCCCAAGUUUUAAAAAACUACCAAAAAGCCCAUUCAUAAUAUCCUAACACUACAAAACAAACACAGCAACAUUCUAAUCAACAACGCCGCAAACGACAACACAACCGAAACCAAAAACAACAAUCUUGUCUUGUCGACAAUCAUUGCUGUGUCACUAUGAUUUAGUGACACAGCAAUGAUAAUAAUAACAUCUACCUACCAACCACCAACCAACAACAUCCAUCCUUAGUCAAAUACAUCCCAAACCAAUAAAAUCCCGAAUGAACAACAUCCCAAGCCAACCACAUCCCAAACCAACGAACAAACAAACAGCAAUCCUGGUCCUGUAUUUCAUGGAUCACUUGUUGUGGUCGAGUGACAAAGCUACAGGUGUGUACCACGCAUUCAUCGUUGGCUGCUACCUCACCCCCAUCAUAGGGGCUGUACUGGCCGAUGGAUACAUCGGAAAGUUUAAGUAGGAACUUUUUGUCUGCUGUGUACACUCUUGGCAGUACUUUAAUGGCUUUUACGGCAUUUCCUCCACCUUUCUGGUUAGGACCAUGGUUUGAUUGACAUCAUCGUCGUCAUCAUCGUCCAUUUCAUCAACCUCGUCAUCAAUGUCGUUCGUUUGACGUAUCAUCCUCGGUUUGACUCAUCAAUCGUCAUUGACGUCAUCAUCGUCAUUGACGUCAUCAUCCUCUUCAUCAUCGCCAUCUCCAUCAUCAUCCUCAUCUUCUUCGUCAUCAUCAUUUUCAUCAUCAUCCUCUUUUUCUUCGUCAUCAUCUUCUUCAUCAUCAUGCUCACCAUCAUCGUCAUCACUGCCGUAAGGUUAGGGCCGAGUUUAGGGCUAACGUUGAUAGCGUUUGGCACGGGAGGGAUUAAGCCCUGUGUGUCCGCGUUUGGUGGGGACCAAUUCAAAGAGAGCCAGACGAAAGAAAGAAGCAUGUUCUUUUCGGCAUUCUACUUUGCCAUCAACCUCGGCAGUUUCUUAUCUAUGGUACUCACGCCACUGAUUAAAGACGGAGUGACUUGCUUCAAUAAGAAGUGCUACUCGCUGGCGUUUGGCAUACCCGCUCUACUCAUGGUCAUAGCCGUUGGAUUGUUCGUCUGGGGUAAGAAGUGGUACACCAUCAGGCCGCCAGCUGGCAGCGUCAUCACCAAUGUCGUCAAGUGCAUUGGAAACCGAAUAAAGUUUAAGAUGUCAGGACAGAAGACAUCGAAGGAGCACUGGUUAGACUACGCGGGCCCAGAGUACCACAACUCCUUCUUGGCUGACGUCAAGCAGAUCCUGAAAAUUUUUUUACUCUUCAUUCCCGUUCCUGUCUUCUGGGCUCUGUUUGAUCAGAUGGGCUCAAGAUGGACUCUUCAAUCAGUACAACUGGACAGGAGAAUGACUGACAACUGGUUCUUACUACCUGAGCAGAUACAGGCCAUAAACUGCGUACUGAUCUUGUUUUUUAUCCCACUCUUUGAAUUGGGAUUCUAUCCGUGCAUGGAUAAACUGAAAGUUCCUAAUAAACCAUUGCAAAGGUUGGUGGUCGGAAUGUUGUUUGCUUCCCUGGCUUUCGUUGCGGCUGGUCUCCUGCAGAUUACCAUCGACAACACGCAGAUGAACAUCGAGGCGAACAACUCUCGCAUCUCUUUCAUCAAUCAGGUUCCUUGCCCCAUCAAGGUCACGGGGUCACUGCCCCAACUUGACCUGGACCAGGAUAGUAUGAGCUCCCAGCUCUCCAUCCCAGCCAGCAAAUACCAGUUCCUGGCCAGCAGACCAACCGAGACAUCCUGCCCGAGUGUCGAUUUCAGUCAAACUUCACUGACGUUAAGUCUGAGGCACGAGUUAUCUUAUUACGUCGUCUACAGUGUCACUGCCAACGUCAAUGCUACAGGCGUGGAUGAAGUCGCUGUCAGUUACGUAAACGAAAAACAUGCAUUAUACUUUUAUAAAGUUUUUAUAUACACACACACACGCACACACGUAAAUACACACUCACACACCCACAUACAUACAUGCAGGCACCUAAAUACACACUCACACACAUACAUACACGUACAUACAUGUAGAUACAGGAUAAUACUGCAGGAAGAUAAUAAGGAUGAGUACCAGUUGGAGACAUUCUUCAUAAGCAACGGUGGGAAGUACACUGUACUAAUUAACAAGCAACUCAGUAAAACAUCCACAUUACUGGAAGAUCUGCCACACAACGUUGUCUCCAUAUGGCUCCAGUUCCCUCAGUACAUCCUAAUAACACUCGCAGAGGUUGUCUUCGCUGUUACUGGACUCAGUUUUGCCUACAGUCAGGCACCAUCGUCGAUGAAGAGUGUGGUGCAGGCAGCCUGGUUGCUGACGACAGCGUUCGGUAACGUCAUUGACGUCAUCGUCACCGGAUCCAAUCUAAUCCCCAUCCAGUACGUUGAGUUUUUCUUCUUCGCCAUCCUCAUGUUCGUGACGACGAUAAUCUUCGCGAUAAUGACGUCAUUCUACAAAUACGUGGACCACCAGCAGCCCCCUUCCCCUCCGCCCUAUGAAAACCUCUCAUCCGACACCCAAAACAACAACCUCACCCCAAAGAACUACGGUCCUGGUGCCGAAAUAAUGGACGAAAACGAUAAAAAGAUGCUAGCCGUAAGGGAGCAACUGCACUCAGAGGACAAAAUAUACGAGGGGGUGGACGCCCCUUUUGACGGCGGCCCUAAAAAACAUGAUGACGUCGAUAAGGGAUACAUUGCUGAGAUGUCACUCAAUAGAUGA